GUCUUUUUGUUCAGGAAGCAAACUAAAAAGUCAGAACAGAGGAGGAGAAAGCGAGAGCGAGAGAGAGGUGUAGAGAGAGAAACAAUCGAUUCGGUGAGCUCAGACAAGCUAGAUUAGAGAUUCAUACAUGGGUUCGAUGUUAGAACCAACACAAGAGAGAACUUGCUGCAAGCCCCAAGGGAUUCGAUUCAUAGAAUCCAUAAAGAAAUCUACCCUUUCUUUCAAAACUCACCAAGCCAUUGUCCUAAUUGUGACAUUUCUUGCAUACACAACUUACCAUGCCACUCGAAAAACUACCAGCAUAGUGAAAAAUGCCCUUGAUCCCCAAUCUCCAGAUGUGGAGUUGAAGUACUUCCCAUGGCAAAGAGCUUACUUAAACAAACCAAUUGAAAGCAAGAAGUUUUCAUGGGCUCUCGGUAGUGGCUGGGCGCCAUUUAAUGGUUCUGAUGGCACGGAAUUGCUUGGUGAACUCGACGUGGCAUUCCUCUUUGUGUAUGCCAUUGGCAUGUACUUCUCUGGGCAUGUGGGUGAUAGAAUGGAUCUAAGAAUUUUUCUAACAGUGGGAAUGGUGGGAACUGGUUUGUUCACUUCACUCUUUGGAGUUGGAUACUGGGCAAACAUCCAUAUGUUUUACUACUAUCUAAUUGUCCAAAUGCUUGGCGGUUUGUUCCAAUCUACUGGGUGGCCUUCAGUAGUUGCAGUUGUUGGAAAUUGGUUUGGGAAGAGAAAGAGGGGGCUAAUUAUGGGUAUUUGGAAUGCUCACACAUCUAUUGGGAACAUAACGGGUUCUGUGGUUGCUUCGAUUUUAUUGACGUAUGGAUGGGGUUGGUCCAUGGUUGUUCCUGGUGUCAUGAUUACUUUCAUUGGUUUGGUUGUUUUUCUCUUGUUGCCGGUUAGUCCCGAGUCUGUUGGAGUUAAUGGAGAUGAGGAUGAUUUGCUCUCUCCCAAAAAGGGAGAGGAUGUAACAGAACCUUUGUUGAGAUCAGAAACAGAUAAUAAGGAAUCAGCUGUGGGGUUUUUAGAAGCAUGGAAGAUUCCUGGAGUGGCUCCUUUUGCAUUUUGUCUCUUCUUUGCUAAAUUGGUUGCUUAUACAUUUCUCUAUUGGCUUCCAUUCUACAUCAGCCACACAGCUAUAGAUGGCAAGUACUUAUCCAAUGAGGCAGCUGGAAACUUGUCCACAAUGUUUGAUGUUGGAGGGGUGGUUGGAGGGGUACUUGCUGGCCACAUUUCUGAUCGAUUAGAUGCCAGAGCCAUAACAGCUGCAAGCUUCAUGUAUUGUGCCAUCCCCGCUCUCUUCUUCUACCGGAGCUAUGGACACAUUUCCAUGACUGUAAAUAUCAUUCUUUUGUUGAUCACUGGUAUGUUCGUGAAUGGACCUUAUGCUCUUAUAACAACAGCUGUUUCAGCCGAUCUGGGGACUCACAGAUCUCUGAAAGGCAACUCAAGGGCAUUGGCCACUGUCACAGCUAUAAUAGAUGGAACAGGCUCUAUAGGAGCCGCCAUUGGACCAUUGCUGACCGGAUAUAUUUCAGUUAAAAGCUGGAGUGCAGUCUUCUCAAUGCUGAUGGGAGCAGCUCUGGUGGCUGGUUUAUUUUUGACUAGGCUUGUUAUGGCCGAGAUCGCUGCAAAGAUCCAACAAUCAAGGUCUCAAGGAGUGCCUGCAUCAACAUCUCCAGCUCUUGAAGUAUGAUAUGCUUUAAGAGUGCUCGUGUGUAAUUCUCUCGGUGUUUUCAAGCUCCGUUUCUCGGCCUCGGAUCAUAUCGAUGGAGAGGUUGGGAAAAUUCUUCAGGUUAUAUAGAUCAAAGACAGGAGAGGGUGUUCCCUAUACUUUGUCAAGCACACGGAAAAUCAGAUUGCAUAUAUAAUGUGUCCUUAUGUACAUCCUUUGUAUGUUGUAUCGGAUGAAGCAUUGUACCCACAAGGAUUGGUUGUAACGAGAUUGUUCAAGAUCUGUUCUGAGUUUAAUCGUUGUUUAAAAGAUGCAACGGGUCUUACCCCAUUGAGGGAUGAUUUUAACAGGUAUGGGUCUUUUACAAUGACCCUAUCAAUCCAUGGUUCAGUGUUUUUUUUUUUACUAGAG